AUGUAUUACCCCUCCCCCACAAAGCUUCCUUCCGCCGAAGACCUCCUAGAACCCGUCCGCCAAGCAUUAGAUGUCGCCGCCAGCUACUCCACCAAAGAAGCCCACGAAGAUGGCCACUGGUGUGGCGAGCUCAAAGCCAACGCAACGCUGACAGCCGAGUACAUCAGCCUGCUCUGCGCGCUCGGCCUCGAGAUCCCCGACCCAAGCACCUGGAUCAAAUGGUUCCUUGCGCAGCAGAAGCGAGACGGCGGCUGGGGCAUCGCCGGCAGCCUGCCCGGCGAGAUCUCCACCAGCGUUGAGGCGUACUUUGCCCUGAAACUGCUUGGCCUGCCACCAGACCACCAGGCCAUGCAGCGGGCACGAUACUUUAUCCUCGCCUCCGGCGGCAUCGCCAAGGUGCGCAUCUUCACGCGCAUUAAUCUCGCCCUCUUUGGCCUGUUCCCCUGGAGCGCCGUUCCCGAGCUGCCGCCGGAGCUCAUCUUGCUCCCCUCCUGGGCACCCUUUAGCAUCUACAACAUGUCCUCCUGGGCGCGGUCCACGAUUGUCCCGCUGUCCAUUGUCAGGCACCACCGACCAAUCUACACCCCGUCAGCGAUGGAGAAAGCAGGCGCGCACUACCUAGACGAGCUCUGGUGCGACGUGGCCAACAAGAACGUGCCCUACGUGCCGAGCAUGUGGUCGCUGCUCCGCUCCGACCUCGUCACAAAAGCCAGCGUCGUCGUCGACUGGGGCCUGCACAAGCUCAAUGGCUUACGCACGUCCAGCGUCAACCGGAUCGCGCGGCGCUGGUGCCUCGCUUGGAUCCUCGACCGACAGGAACCCGCCGGCGACUGGUCGAUCGACUCGGGCCCCGUGCAGGGGGGCUUCGCCGCACUGCGCCGGUUCACCUGGACUGACGAGGCCGGAAAGCGCAUGCAGUCGUGCGUGUCGCCCGUGUGGGACACGGCGCUGAUGACGAUCGGGAUGCUCGACUCAGGGGUUGCCCCCGUGAAGCUGGCCAAGCCGAUCCAGUGGAUUCGCGAGCGCCAGCAUUCAGGCCCCAAGGGGGACUGGAGGGUGCUCAACCCCAUGACGAAGGCGGGCGGAUGGGCGUUCGAGUACCACAACACAUGGUAUCCGGACGUCGACGACACCGCGGCGGUGAUCCUCGCAUUUGCGAAGCAGGAUCCGAGCUCGGUCAACUCGACGAAGAUCACAAAUGCGAUCGAGUGGAUCCUGGGGAUGCAGAACAGCGAUGGCGGGUGGGGCGCGUUCGACUCGGAGAACGACAAGGAGUUCUUCAACAAGAUCCCCUUCAGCGACAUGAACAGCAUGUGCGACCCGUCGACGGCGGACGUGACGGGCCGCAUCCUCGAGGCGUUUGGCGUCGUCAUGGGGCUAAGUCGGUCGAAUGAGAAGUAUCGCGUUCCCGGCGCCCUGGUCGACGCGAUGAAGAGCGCCUCCAGCCAUGCUAUCACCUACCUCGAGCAAGAGGAGGAGUCGUUCGGCGGGUGGUACGGCCGCUGGGGGGUCAACUACAUCUACGGGACAAGCAAUGUCCUGUGCGGGCUGGCGUACUUUGAACGGGAUUACCGCGGCGAGCCCAACGAUACGAAUCCCGACGGCGGCUGGGGCGAGUGCCUGCAGACGUACCGGGACACGAGCCUCGCGGGCCAGGACCCCUCCACGGCGACGCAGACCGCGUGGGCGCUCAUGGGGCUGAUGAUUCGGCUUCCACCGAGCGAUCCGGCGGUCCGGCGGGGGAUCAACUUUCUUGUCCAGAAGCAGGCGAAGCAUGGGAAGUUGGUUGGGUCGUGGGAUGAGGAGCCAUACACGGGUGUUGGCUUUCCGAAUCAUUUCUACAUUGAUUAUUUCUAUUACAAGCACUACUUUCCCAUGAUGGCUUUGGGGCGGUACGCAUCGCUGGCGGGGCGAAACGUUGAUAGCUAG